GAUUAAAAUGUACUGGUGGUUGGCUACAGACAGGUAUGCAUUCUCUGCUACAAGACGUAUUUCAUUUUAAUCCGUGCGUUUUUUCAAGCUUUGUCAUUUUUUCCUUUUUUUUGUUCGCCCCUUUGCGUAAACGUGUGAGACGGCUGGCUGUUACCUCCGUCACCUGUUUGUACAUUUAGCGAAUGUUGAUCAGACAUCUCAGCAGUUCGUCCGUUCGAUCAUUCGCUCAUUCGCUGAUUUGUUCGUUUGUUUACCUAUCCAUCGUUUAUUUAUUACUCCUUUUUUUACCCCUUUGUGCCCAUUUGUUUACUUUAUUCACCUUUUUUUACUUCAUCUUUUUACUUCAUUUUUUUUACUUUAUUUUAUUUUUUUUUUUUUUCUAUCCUCCUUGGCGUCCAUCGCAUAAAUAUAUCCCCCAAGCCGCAUGUCGUAUUCAAAUGUAUAUAAAAAAAAAAACUAGCAUAAGAAGUACCCCCAGCGCGUGAAUUUUGCCUUUGCGAGCAUGGCACGAAAAUAAGCGAAUAAACAAAACACAGUAUAUAGUAACAUUGCAAGUAUUUUAUUUUACCUAUACAAUACAAGUUAUUGAAGCGCUUACAAUUUUGUGCAUAUUGGGGUACGUACAAAAUUUGUAUAUAUUAAAAUAUAUAUAUUAUUUAUAUGUAGGUAUAUAUUUUUGCGCAUAUUGCAUUAUUUUUUAAAAAAAUUCGCCGCGUUUUUUUUUUUUUUUUUUUUUCAUUUUUCAGCGAAAUAAACGAGAAAACAAUUCCAUUUCAUCGUUUUACUUGUAAGCGCCCUUUUUCCGUUUUGUAAACAAAUUUGACCACAAAAAAAUUAAAAUCGCAAAAAAUAGCAUAUAUAUGUGAGGAAGUUAGCACGUAAAUGCGUAUACGUACAUGUAUACAUAAUUAUACGCGUAUAUUUGUAUACAUGUACGUGGGUAUAAUUAUAUGCGUACAUGUACCCCUUGCGUGCCUUGAAAAAUGACAUGUUUUUAACGCCAACACCUCUCCCCCCAUCACCCCCUGUGCGUACUUCCAUUUCGACGAAAUCGAGAACGUCGACUUUGACAAAUCUGGGCAACGUCAUCUCAUCGCAGUUGAGAUAAGCAGUUAAUCCAUUUGAAGCGAACAAACAGGGGGGGAAGCGGAAAAAGAAGAAAAAAAAAAAAAAAAAGCGCAAAAAAGAGCAAAAAUUAAGAUGGUGGUUAACCAUCACAACCAUGAUGAAGAGUGCAGCGUAGAAAAUUCCGACAAAAAAAAAAAAGAGGAAUCCUGUCAAGUAGGUGAAUCGACUUUAUGCCCUCCCAGCACUGGUAAUGGAACGCCAGACCCUUUAGAAGUAAUUCAUAAUGGCGAAAAUUUGCAUCACCGGAGGGAAGAUUUUGUAGACGAGGAGCGCAAUUUGCUCGGUGAGGGAAGAAGCCAGCAUGGGAAUGACAUCGACAGUGAGCAUUCUAAGGAAGAGUCGGAAAAAAGCGAAAGGGGGCACGUCCAAGGAGGUGACACCAAGAGGGACUCCAAAAGGAACAUCAAAAGGGACACCAAAAGGAACACCAAAAGGGAUACCCAAAUCGACACCAAUAGGGAUACCCAAAUCGACACCAAUAGGGAUACCCAAAUCGACACCAAUAGGGAAACCGAAAAUGGUAACCAAAGGGAGAUAGCCCCGAAUGAACUGAGCAAACAGUCCCGCGAGGAGGCGGUCGACCACCCCCAGGGGGGAGGAAGCCCCCACAGUAGCGCACACUCAACUAACGCGCAUGCAAUAAAAGUGGACGACGCGGAAGGACCAUCGGAUGAACCCCAAAUAGAAGCCGCUGACGUACCACCAAGCGACGCGGCGAAUGCUCUACAAAUCGAGGAGGACGAUUUGCAGGCAGAAACUGAAGAUGGGUCUUUAAGCGGCACGCUCUACGGAUCGAUAAUUGGCUCCAUAAACAGUUCCCAAAUUAGCUCCCAUAACGUUUCUCAGUUUGGCUCCCACAACGUUUCUCAGUUUGGCUCCCACAACGUUUCUCAGUUUGGCUCCCAUAACGACUCCCAGAGCAGCCAUGCAAACAAUUCCCCAGAUGACGACGAAGACGAAACCGUGGAAGCGGUCGUGGCAAAAGAAGAAAUGAUCAACAUUACCAGGCUCUACCACACGGGCAUAAACAAAAUAGAGGCAGUCAUCGCCCUGUACAGAUACUACAAAAACAACUUCAAUCAACGGUUCAGGGAGCAAAUGAACAAAUACAACCCGCUUAUCUACUUCUACAGUAACAACAACUUUGAAAAUCACAUCAGUGUGGAUUACAUGAACUAUAAAGAUAAAAUGAAUGCAAUUAAGACGGAAAGACUAUCGAGACUGGUGCUGUACAUAGAGGAUAUAAACAAAAUAAAACAAGCUCUAAAGGUUAAACAGCAUAAUGAAUUCGAAUUAGAGGAUGACGAAAAGAAAGAAUAUUUUUACGAUGCCAAUGAAGACAUAGAAGACUUCUUCAUUUUCGACAACACCGUUUCGUAUCUUAAUAAUGACGUUGAAAGCAUAUUUUCCGAAGGUGAAAAUUCUUCCUUUUUUAAGGAUGAUGCAAGCAUAGAUAAUUUCCUAGAAGAGCAGAAAAAUAAAAGCAAUGACGAAUUUAAUAUGCUAAAUUUAUUUAAUCGUUUUUCUUUAAAAAAUUAUUACAUGUUCGAUAUUAAUAAAAAUUUGUGUGCAAUUUAUGCGCGCACCCCUAUGAUAAUUAAAAAGUUUGCGGAAAAAAUCAACUCCUACAGCAGCACAGAAAAGCCGGACGCUGACUUGGAUGACACGAAGCAAGACGGAGUAAACUUUCCACGUGAACAUAAAAAUAAGGAAAAUUAUAAUUACUAUCCUGCAGCUCGUUCUCGUGAAAAUAAUCAAAAUUUGGAUGCCUACAUUCAGUUUCAUUGCGAAAAAUGGCAAGAAAAUAUGUACGACAUAGUUGAAGUAAAUAGCCUCGAAUUUGAUUUUAAUCGCUUAAGGUGCAACAUAAUGUAA